CAGGGGCAGACUUACCAUUUGGAAACUCGGGCACUGCCCGAGGGCCCGGGGUCAGUAGGGGGCCCCAUGAGAUGCCCCUGGUACCUUUUUCAUAGGCUUUUUUGAGUUUGGGCAAGGACACAGGGACCCCAUGAUCCCCUAUUGCCCGGGGGCCCCAUGAAUUGUCAGUCCGCCCCUGGGUUAGACGCCUAUUGGCUACCAUGCACAGCUGCACCAGAUUCUGAAUGCUCCAGUUACAGUAAGUCCCCCCAUAGUGUGUCAGGUAAGACACGUGGCGGCUACCAUGCUUUUUUGGGUGUGCUUUGAGUGUGGUCAAGGAUACAGGGGCCCAUUAUCCCCUAUUGCCCGGGGGCCCCAU